GUGUGUGUGUUGAGGCGGUGGAUUGCAGGUGGAGUGUGUCGCUGUUCGGCUCGUCUGGAUGGAAAGACGGUUCUGAUCACCGGAGCAAACACCGGCAUCGGCAAAGAGACGUGCCGCGACCUGGCAGCCAGAGGGGCCCGGGUGGUGAUGGCGUGCAGGGAUCUGACCCGGGCAGAGCGUGCGGCGCAGGAAGUCCGCCAGUGGACAGGAAACAGAGACGUGGUGGUCCGACACCUGGACCUGUCCUCCGUCUACUCCGUCAGACAGUUCGCUAAAGACUUCCUGGAUGGGGAGGACAGACUGGACAUCCUCAUCAACAACGCAGGAGUGAUGAUGUGUCCCCGAUUGCUGACUGAAGACGGUUUUGAGACUCAGCUGGCUGUCAAUCAUCUGGGUCACUUCCUGCUGACCAAUCUGCUGCUGCCGAUUCUGCAGAGCUCCGCCCCCAGCCGAGUCAUCAUCGUGUCAUCCAUGGCCCACCGGGGGGGUCGUAUCGACUUUGACGACUUGUUCUUCAGCAGCAAGACGUACAGUUCUCUGGAGAGCUACAGACAGAGCAAACUGGCCAACGUCCUAUUCUGCAGAGAGCUCGGCCGGCGACUCAGAGGCUCCGGUGUGUCUGCGUUCUGUCUCCACCCCGGUGUGAUCCGGACCGAGCUGGGCCGCCACGUGAGUGGCUGGUUCCCCCUGCUGGGGGCCCUGCUGGGCCUCCUGUCCCUCCUGCUCAUGAAGACCCCCCAGCAGGGCUGCCAGACCACCGUGUACUGCGCCGUCACACCGGGACUAGAGGGGAGAUCAGGACACUACUUUAGUGACUGUGCAGAGAAGGAAGCGGCUCCAGAGGGGCGGGACGACGUCGUGGCGAGGAAGCUGUGGGAGGAGAGCGCCCGAUUGGUCGGAUUAAAGAACACGUGCUGA